AUGUCGUCGGACGAUGAAAGGGAGGAGAUGGAGUUGGAUCUCUCCUCUCCGGAUGUUGUUACAAAGUACAAAAGUGCUGCCGAGAUCAUAAACAAGGCAUUGCAGCUUGUGAUAUCCCAAUGUAAGCCGAAAGCAAAAAUCGUUGACAUUUGCGAAAAAGGCGAUUCCUUCAUUAGAGAGCAAACAGGAAACAUGUACAAGAAUGUUAAGAAGAAGAUAGAACGGGGGGUUGCUUUUCCAACUUGCAUCUCUGUAAACAAUACAGUUGGUCACUUUUCACCUCUGGCUAGCGAUGAAACAGUGAUGGAAGAAGGAGAUAUACUCAAGAUUGAUAUGGGCUGUCAUAUUGAUGGGUUUAUCGCUGUAGUUGCUCACACUCACGUUCUGCAAGAAGGUCCGGUAACUGGAAGGGCAGCCGAUGUCAUUGCAGCUGCUAACACUGCUGCUGAAGUUGCCUUGAGGCUUGUUAGGCCUGGGAAAAAGAAUAAAGAUGUAACAGAAGCCAUUCAAAAGGUUGCAGCUGCUUAUGAUUGCAAAAUUGUUGAAGGGGUUCUUAGCCACCAGUUGAAGCAAUUUGUGAUUGAUGGAAACAAGGUUAUUCUCAGUGUUUCAAAUCCAGAAACAAGAGUCGAUGAUGCCGAGUUUGAAGAGAAUGAAAUUUAUGCAAUAGACAUAGUCACAAGUACGGGUGAAGGCAAGCCUAAGCUGUUGGACGAGAAGCAGACGACUAUAUAUAAGAGAGCUGUGGACAAGAACUAUCACUUGAAGAUGAAAGCAUCUAGGUUUAUUUUCAGUGAAAUAAGUCAGAAAUUUCCUAUUCUGCCUUUCACUGCUAGGGCUUUGGAAGAGAAAAGAGCUAGGCUGGGACUAGUCGAAUGUGUUAAUCACGAUCUAUUGCAACCAUUUCCCGUCCUCCAUGAAAAGCCUGGUGAUUAUGCUAGGCCACCAAUUCUAUUUACGUAUCAUAGGAAGAAUAAGAAAAAACAUGAAACCAAUGAGGGGGAGACAAGUGGCAAAGAAGAUCAUAACCAUGAAACCAAUCCCGAGCAGGCACGUGUUGAAGGGGAAGAAAGCAAGGAGGAUGGGGACCAGAGAGGGGACCCACAGUCCGUUAGUAGUGGGGAUUAA